AAGUGUCAAAGGUGGCAGUGCAGCGCAUACAACCUCUGACACGCCCACACUCAUUGUCCACCACUAACUACUAUAUUGCUGCGAAUUCCUGGAGAAUUACGAUGCUGUUCUUUCUAUCUUCAGUUGCCUUUCUGGUACUCAUCUCCCUCUUCGCCUUCCGUUACCGCGAGCGUAUCCUGAGCCGCAUCCCCGACCGAUUUAUUCCCCGACUGAAUCACUACCAACCCCUUUCGACCUUCGCGGAGCAAAUUGGCGCGGGGAUGUCGUCGGCGGAUUUCGAUCUGGAAGCGAACGUGCGAGACGGGGACAGCCGGACUGGACUCGAUGAGUCUGCGUCUAUGGAAAUUUCAGGCAUCAUGAAGAGGGAACGAGUCAACUUCGAUCAAGCCAGGUUGAUUCGACAGAAUCGCAUCCUGGCGCAGAACGGAAUCGAUCCAUCUGGAAUGCCACUCGAUUCAAAGGCCAUCACUCGCCUUUGAGUAUCGUGUCGUGUCCUCCGUUGGAGAUUCCCCUCCAUUCCUCAUUCCUCUGCUAUUGUAUCAUCUCACCCAUAUGCUGCCCUCUCCGUUCUACUUCCGUAAUGGAAGUUCCCGGAACACUUUUUGUAUAACCACUGCUGUACCUUGCUCGAAACUAUCCUGCCACUCUCACCUUCCGAACCUCAUCUGCUCAAUGUGUUGUUAGCCGCGUUGUGUCCGUCCUCCGGCCAUACUCUGGACUUAUUCUCACUAUGACUGGUCAUUACGGCUGGCGCACAAACUCGAACUUGAGAGCUUUGUCUCUCGGAAGAACAUGCGCUUCGUGCCUCGUUCAGAUGACUUGAGGCAUGAUCGAACGCAUUAGAAGAGGUUGAUUUGUGCAUCUUCGAGCUCCUCCAGCUCAAUAACUGUCGUUGCUUCACGAGAACAUUGUGUAUUCUCUGACAUUCGUUAGUGGUGUAUUUCACAUGAAGUGCGAGGCCCUCAUCAGCGAGAACUGUGAUCAUAUAAACUGGUCCAGGAGUGCUCAUGAUAUCUCUGUAAGCACUCCAGGGGUUGCUCAGCUCGGACGAUAAGUUCUUGCCGGGUCGAGAAGAGAGUUUUAGCGACACUCACUCGACUCUUUCUGCCUCCACGUCAAGUCUCGUUCUCGAGCGCAUUGCCCACCCGCGGGACCGUUGUGUCACGUUAUCGCGCGCCGCCAACUGUUUUGAUGGUAAAGCGAAGAAGAUCGCUAUGCCAUUGACUCAAUCCCGCGCCCAAAGCCUCUUGAUCUUCUACCAUGACGCCCGAAACUACUCUUGUUAACCCAGAUCAUGCCAUACGACUAGUUCACCGUCAUAGCAAACCGUUCUUGCUCCUCGAGCUGCCAACAGAGCUCAUACUUGACAUCCUCACACACGCAGCCUCUAUCUCCAAAGAGGUGUAUCGUACAUUGCUGUUGAUGAACAGACGGAUCUACUACUUCGUUCGCGGCGAGAAGCUUCUCACAUUGGUGCCGAUUGUCCUCUCCACAGGGCUCAAUUUCGAGUCAUUCUCCGAGUAUCUCAGUCUCCGCCUGGGGGAGUCAGCUUUGGUCCGCCACCUGUUCAUCUUCCCGCGAACUGCAUCCAAUCGCACACACAACGCCCAUUGCGUGUCGAUCGUCAGCCAAUGCACCGAACUGCGAUCCCUCGGUUGCGGGACGACGCUCCUGUACCAGUCUGUGCUGGGCCUCGGCCAUCUGCGACACGUCCACUGCGUCGAUCUGACGCUUGUCCGAUUCCAGGAGACAUGGGACCGUCUUAUGUCCUAUUCCCCCCGCGCCAUCCAGUUCAUGCACCAGCUCCGAGAUCUGCAUCUCAUCGGCAACUUAGACCACGUCAUCUGGACCCAGCGCGGAAUGGUCCCUAAGCUCGACAACCUCGUGCACCUGUCCCUCGCGUUGGGAGGAUACAAUCAUCUGCCGCAACGGAUGUUCGAGGACGUCGUCCGCUCGCCCAAACUCGAGCAGAUCGUCAUCACGACCAAAGUACACGGAGCAAAAGAGCAAGCGCUCAAAGACGCCGCGUACGACUUGGACAGCAGGUUCUCGGUGCUGCAUCGCCGGCGACGGUGGAAGGAGAGGGAGCUGUGGAUGCGAGCUGUGCGCAAUCCAGACGCGUUCUGGGAGCAGGCCGCGCGAGAAAAGUAUUUACCUCCCUCGGAGCACGACCUCCCCGCUCGGCGAACGUGA